AUAUUUUUAUUCAAUUGCAUUUGGAAGACGGCAAGACAUCUUAAUGGGACAUGAUGAUGCAGUCAGUAAGAUCUGUUGGAGUGAUGGGCGUUUAUAUUCUGCAUCUUGGGAUUCCACUGUGAAGGUGUGGCACUGUGUUCCUGGAGAGACCUUGAGCAAUAAAAAACACCACUUUGAACUGCUUGCAGAGUUAGAACACGAUGUUAGUGUCAAUACAAUCGACCUUAAUGCUGCAAAUACUAUACUAGCGUCUGGAACCAAAGAGGGUACCAUUACUGUUUGGGAUGUUACUACAGCAACAGUGUUGCACCAGUUGCCAUGUCAUUCUGGGACUGUGUUUGAUGCUGCUUUUAGUCCUGACAGCAGACAUCUACUCAGCACAGGAGAGGACUGUUGUUUUAAAGUAAUAGAUGUACAAACUGGAAUGCUUAUAUCUUCUGUAGCUGCUGAUGAGCCACAGAGGUGCUUCAAAUGGGAUGGAAAUACCAUCUUAUCGGGAAGUCAGUCUGGUGAGUUACUGAUUUGGGACCUUCUUGGAGGAAAAGUUACUGAAAGAAUCAAAGGACAUACAGGUGCUGUAAUGUCCAUGUGGAUGAGUGAACAGUGCAACAGUGUUAUUACAGGAGGGGAAGACAAACAAAUCAUGUUCUGGAAACUGCAAUAUUAAGUGCCUUUCCCUCCAGACAUUUAAAUGAACUCUUAUUUUAAACCAAACCUUUUAAAGGAACUGUGUGCAAUGAUGGCUGCUGAAGUUCAACCAGAUAGGAAGCUUUGUUCAACUACAACUUUCUAUGUUAUGGUGACUUCACUGAGAGCUCUUAACUUCCAUAGUGUAUGCAUUUGUUUUUCAUGGACUGAAAAUGCUUGUCUAAAAUGAUAUCUGAGAUGAAAUUAAAGACCUAUUUUUCUGUAAUUAAAGAGCU